AUGUGUUCGAAUACGGAAUUCGGAGCAUCUAAAAUUCGAAAACGGGUGAAAUUAGAAUUCGAUUGGAAAUCAGAACAGCCCGUGAUGUUAAUAAGAAUUAUAAGAUGCGUCCUACCAAUAUUUUCUGUAGUUCCACUUGGCCUAGGCACUUGUACAGCGCCAUCUGGUGAAAUUGGAAAUUGUAUUUCAAAUAAGGAAUGCAUUCUUAAAGGUGGAAUUCCAGCAGGACCUUGUGCUGGUGGUUAUGGAUUAUGUUGUAUAUUUAUGCAAACAUGUAAUGGAAAUAUUCGAGAAAAUUCCACAUAUUUUGUGAAUCCAAAUCAUCCAGAUGUUUAUGAUGGUACAGGAAGUUGUCAAGUUACUGUUCAUAAAAUUCAUCCAGAUAUUUGUCAACUAAGAUUGGAUCUUGAAUUAUUUUCUAUAGCUCAACCAGAAGCCCUAAAUCAUAUUUGCAAUCAAGAUCAGCUUCUUAUAUCGGGUGGUAGUCCCGCUCCAACAAUAUGUGGAUCUUCCGCUGGUGAUCAUAUGUACAUUGAUGCUGGACUUGGACAAAGUAAUCCUAUUGUAAUAUCCGUCAUAACAAGUGGAUCAUUUCCACGUUUAUGGCGAAUUCGUGUUUCUCAAAUUCACUGUGGUGGAAUAUAUCGAGCUGAUCAAGGUUGUUUGCAAUACCACACGGGAAUAAGUGGACGUGUUAGAAGCUUUAACUUUAACACAGUAUCAGGUCGACAACUGUCAAAUCAAGAUUACAGUAUUUGCGUUAGGACAGAGAGAAAUUUCUGUGGAAUUCAAUAUAAUGCUUGUAUGGAUCAGGAAAACAAUCGAUCACGAUCAUUUACAAUAUCAGGAAAUUCAAAUACACCUGUAAUGUCAAUGGUUGGCAGUGGAACAACACAAGUUCAAACAAAUACCUGUCCCAAUGACUGGCUUCUAAUUGGCUGUAUAAGAGUUGCUGAUCGUGUUCCACCAGCAAAUGCCUGUGAGGAUCGUGUUUGUGGUGGGACUUUUAAUGCUGAAGUUAGUCCCGAUCAAAAGACUGUUCAAACGAGUGUUCGUCCUUUUCGUUUGUAUUUUCAUACGGAUGGCAUUGAAGCGCCUCUAGAUGUGGAUAAUCGUGGUUUUUGUCUAGACUAUGUUCAGCAACCUUGUACAAAUGGGUAGUGUCUAAGU